AUGUCACCCUUACCCCGCGUCUUCCUCGACGUCGCGAUCGGACGCGCACCGAUCGGACGAAUCACGAUCGAGCUCCGAAGCGACGUGUGUCCCAAGACGUGUGAGAAUUUCAGAGCGCUGUGCACGGGCGAACGCGGCCGCUCGACGCUGUCGAACGCGCCGCUGACGUUCAGAGCGUCGACGUUUCAUCGUGUGAUUCCAAACUUUAUGCUUCAGGGCGGUGACUUCACGAAUCACGACGGUACGGGAGGAGAAUCUGUGUACGGCGAGACGUUUGAGGAUGAAAACUUUACGCUUCGACACCGCGGCGCGGGAACGGUAUCCAUGGCGAACGCCGGGCCGAACACGAACGGCUCGCAGUUCUUCAUAUGUACCGCGGAUACGCCGUGGUUGGACGGGAAGCACUGCGUUUUCGGGUUCGUGGUCGAGGGCAUGGAUGUCGUGCGCAAGAUCGAAUCCAGAGGGUCGAAGAGCGGAAAGACGCGCGAGCCGAUAAAAAUUGUCGAUUGCGGCGAGAUCCCGCAGGAGUUGAUCGAUGCGAAGGAACUCACGGAGGAUGCGAGGGCUUUGUUGAAGCGUGAGGUGGACGAGCGAGCUUUGGCGGAUAAGGAGGCGCGAGAGGUCGGGGGGGAGAACGCGGACGUCGCGAGCGCCAGGCGCUUGAGAGAGAGCGCGGAGGAGGCAGAGCGAGAGGCGAAGCGGGCGAGCGAAUCCAGAGGUGCGGUCGACGUCGAUGCGAACGCGGGUAAUCCCACGGCGGGGAUGUCGGCCAAGCAGCGUAAGCUAUUCGAGUUGCGGUUGAAGUUGAACGAGGGUCGGAAGAAGAACCAGGCAGCGGUGGUGGACGAGAAGAAGCGCGUCGACGCACCGGAGGAAUACGAAAAAGCACAGAAGAGAAGGGCGUUGGAGGCUUCGAAAAAAUCACAACAAGAUAAUUUGGUCAAGCAGGGGAUCGACCCGAAGGCUGUGCACCUCACAGCGACGAUAGAGCAGGCGAAUCGUAAGAAGGCGAAGAAGCAACAAAACGAUCCGAACGACGCGGCGUUGUACAGCGCCGCACGACAACACGCCACGUACGAGAGAGAGAGAGGAUUCCUCAACCCCACGCUUACUCAGGAGGAGUACGAAAGGCAAAAAGAAACUGUUCCAGACUUCUACCGUAGCGCCGAUAGCAUUUACCACACGAGCAACAAGCCAACGCAGGAGGCGAUUGAUCGGCUGGCUCAGAACGUCCAAGAGUCACAGCGAAAGAAAUUAGAAGCGCGCAGUAAGAGGGAAGCCAAGGCGAUUUCGAAGCUCGAUGGCAUCAACAUCAGGAACGAGAGGCACAAUGCGAUGCUCGCAAAGUCUUACGACAAGUACUCGAAAGAGAUCAAGGCGAACCUUGAGCGAGGUACCGCGCUGCCAGAAAACUAG